GUUCAGUACUCCUUUGCUUUGGUCUAUUCAAAGGUCUUACAGUGGCUUACCGAUAGGUUGGAUUGCCUUUCCCUAGGUUUUGGAUCUACUAGUGACUGAAUCAUGGUUUUGCCUGGACCUUUUCGAACUGCAGUUUUGCAGUCGGUACGCUACCUGCAUCGAACUGCAGUGAGGACUGGUGCUGGCGGAGCCUUGUUCGUACACAGAGACACAGCGGAAAACAAUCCUAGCACCCCAUUUGACUUCACACCUGAAAACUACAAGAGGGUUGAGACUAUCAUAGGCAAUUACCCAGAAGGCCAUAAAUCGGCAGCAGUAAUCCCAGUACUGGAUUUAGCCCAGAGACAGCAUGGAUGGCUUCCCAUUUCUGCUAUGAACAAAGUUGCUGAGGUUCUUAAUAUGCCUCCAAUGAGAGUAUAUGAAGUUGCAACAUUCUACACUAUGUUUAAUCGGAAGCCUGUGGGAAAAUACCAUAUUCAAAUCUGCACCACAACGCCAUGCAUGCUGAGAGACUCUGACAGUAUACUGGCAACUAUUAAGAAAAAAAUAGGUAUACAAGUUGGAGAAACAACAAAUGAUAAUCUCUUCACAUUGACAGAAGUUGAAUGUCUGGGUGCUUGUGUAAAUGCUCCAAUGGUGCAAAUAAAUGACAACUAUUAUGAGGAUCUUCUACCUAAAGACAUUGAAGAAAUUAUUGAUGAGCUGAAGGCAGGCAGAGUGCCACCACCUGGCCCAAGAAAUGGACGCAUGUCAUGUGAACCAGCUGGCGGAUUAACAAGCUUGACAGAACCACCAAAGGGACCUGGUUUUGGAGUUCGUGCAGAUCUAUAACUGAAUUUAUUUAUGGACUGUAAUGUGACCCAUGUGUCUAACUUCUGCAAAGGAGAAGAGUUUUCUUGACUCCAGUGAAUUGUACUUUUGUGAAGCCAAAUUCUACAAUAAAUUAAAAACGCUCUUCUAUCAUUUUUAA